AUGGAUGGUACUUGGGAGUACCAUACAAAAAGUCUUUCGAAUAAAUAUGAAUUGUCGCCUGUGGUCAGUGAUGUUGAGGAAGACAUCCGUCAUAAAAUAUCGAUUGCACGAAAUGAAACUAAGCAGCUGCAACUUCUAAUAGAUCGUAUCAAGAGUAAAACCAAGGAUGCCAAUCUUGUUCAGAUGUCUAAUGGGAUUGCGAGCAUCAUCAAAAACAGAAUCAAUUUGUCAUCUCCCCUUAGCUUAAGUGGUCAUCAUAACAAAAUAGCAGAUUUUCGAUGGUCUUCAGAUUCAAGCAGUAUUUUAAGCGCUAGUCAAGAUGGAUUUCUAAUUUUGUGGGAUGCCACAUCGGGACUAAAAAAAAAUGCAGUUCCUCUGGAUUCGCAGUGGGUUUUAACUUGCGCAAUCAAUAAUAGCGGUCAUCUCGUUGCAAGCGCGGGGCUUACUAACAAUUGCACUAUUUACCGAAUAUCUCACGAGAAUAGAAUACAGCAACAAAUUGUUUCCAUUUUCAAAGGCCAUACUUGCUACAUAUCGUGUGUUGAAUUCAUGGGUAAUAAUCGAAUUAUUACUGGAAGUGGAGAUAUGACAUGCGCUCUGUGGGACAUACCACGAGCCAAAAGAAUAACAGAAUAUGUAGAUCACCUAGGGGACGUAUUAUCUGUCGCAAUCCCACCCAACAGAAUAGACUCCAAUGAGACUAUUUUCAUCAGUGGAGGCUCCGACGGAUAUGUUCGUGUUUGGGAUACGCGCAUGUUAUCUGCGGCCCAGAGUUUUUUCGUCAGUGAAAGUGAUAUCAGUACGGUGAGAUUUUUUAAUAAUGGCGAGACGAUUAUUACAGGAAGUGAUGAUGGCGUUGCUCGUAUGUUUGAUCUCAGGUCGGAUUGCUUGAUUGGAACAUACUCUCUGACGCAGCAAUUGCAGCAGCAAGGGAUUCAAAAAGGCCGGCAGUACUCUGUAUCUCACAUGGAUUAUGCAGUAUCAUCUGGCCUCAACUCAUAUUCACCUACCGCGCGAUCAGUUGGAUCCAGUCAUCUGGAUAGUCAAGGGAUCGUAUCGCUGGACUUCAGUGCAUCAGGACGUUUGAUGUAUGCAUGUUACACGGAUUUUGGAUGUGUCAUCUGGGACACCUUGAAAGGUGACAUAGUUGGUAAAUUGAACGGGCAUGCCGGCCGUAUUUCGGGUGUUCGAAGUAGUCCCAAUGGUAUGGCAGUCUGUACAGGAUCAUGGGACUCGACUAUGAAAGUUUGGUCGCCAAACUAUCUAUAG